GAUGGCGCUCGGAGAGCGUGCUGCGGACUGAAGCGGUUCCUUACCGACGUUGACUGGUUCGGGUUGGGUGGCCGGCCAUUAUACAUAUUACCGGAGAAUGUUGUAUUUGGUCGGCCUGGGGCUGGGGGAUGCCCGGGACAUCACAGUGAAAGGACUGGAGAUCGUGAGGCGAUGCCGCCGGGUCUACCUAGAGGCCUAUACCUCCCUCCUGACUGUCGGCAAGGAAGUGCUGGAGGAAUUUUAUGGCCGUGAACUCAUCAUUGCAGAAAGAGAGAUGGUUGAACAAGAAGCUGAUGAAAUUUUAAAGGAUGCUGUUGAUAAUGAUGUUGCCUUUCUUGUAGUAGGAGAUCCUUUUGGGGCAACAACACAUAGUGAUCUAGUUCUGCGAGCUGUAAAAGCAGGAAUUCAGUACCAAGUUGUACAUAAUGCUUCCAUAUUAAAUGCAAUUGGAUGCUGUGGCCUACAGUUGUAUAAUUUUGGAGAAACCGUAUCCAUUGUGUUCUGGACAGAGACUUGGAAGCCUGAAAGCUUCUAUGACAAGAUCAAAAGGAAUCGACAGACUGGAGUUCACACAUUAUGCUUACUUGACAUCAAAGUAAAGGAACAGUCUCUGGAAAAUCUGAUGAGGGGGAAGAAGAUCUUUGAGCCUCCCAGGUUCAUGUCUGUAAAUGAGGCUGCAGAACAACUGCUGGAGAUCAUUGAAAACCGAAGAGAUAAAGGAGAGGAGCUAGGCUGCCUGCUGCUCUUCCUGGUUAUGGAGGCUGCUGAUAAUCUUUUAAAUGAAAACCAAAUCAACGAAUGGAGGCUGCUGAUGCUGCUGUUGUUCCUCCAACUAUUCAUUUAUCUAAUGAAUCAAUUAAGCACUGACUGAAGAGACCCUGUGUGUUGGGCUGGCCAGAGUGGGUGCCAAUGAUCAGAAAAUUGCAGUUGCAACCCUACAGCAAAUGGUGAAGGAGGAUCUAGGAGCCCCUUUGCAUUCCCUGAUCAUCACAGGCCACAUGCAUCCUAUGGAAAUCGAGAUGCUUAAACUGUUUGCUGUGGACAAUUCAAGUUUUAAUAAACUUAUAACACUU